UUACCAAUUCGAUGUCCAGAUAUGUACCUACACCUUAUAACUAUGGGGCACAAUGGCUUGAUACCAUUCUCUCACCCAGAACCCUGAUUGGAGCAGGGAAGAUCCGUCGCAACAAGCACGGACUGCAAAACAAAGGGCACACUAGCUGCCUUCGCUUUAUCAGCAACUAUCUCGAAUCCGCAACCAAGACCAACACCCUGACUCAAAGCAUCAGACAUCGACAACUCCGUUGGUACAGAGUACAGCGUGGUUAUGCACCUGAAGCAGCUCAAGUGAGUGAUCAGCAACGGCCAAGCAGAAAGGAAGAGUUUCUAGACAUGGUAAUUGGUGGUCAGACACAGAGACAAUGCGCCCCGAUUCAGUUAUUUGGGUCCAAGGCCUCAUAACGGGACAUUCUCAUACAAGAAUAGAGCACCUAUAGACAGGCGAGGGUGGUCCUGCGAGGAGGAGGAGUGGUGUGCCUAGGCGGGUGCAGCUUUCGCAUAUACAUCAUGACGACGGGCACUGUACAGACAUACUGACG